AUGAACCGAGAAAUAAAGCGCGAGACGAUGGAACCGGAAGACGAGCAUAACAAUGAUCCGUUCGUGGAGUACACGUUCGACACGGGGCCCACAUCCCGUAUUUCGCCGAAUCAUCCGGAUUUGCGGACGGACAAUCUGGCUGAAACUCUUGCGGCCGUACACAAUCACCGUCAUGAUCAUCAUCAUCAUCACAACCAUAUGCAUCAGAAACUCGAUCCUUCGCAUCAUCAUAAUCAUCAUUCACAGGAUGACUCGUCGGUGGACAUCAAACCGACGUGGUAUCCGUCGGCGAAAGGACGAUCGAUUGUGUGGGAGCACAUUACGUGGGUGGCCGAAACGCAGAGGGCCUCAUGCAAUUAUUGUCAAGCCGAAUUUCAAAUUAAAGGUUGGUGACUGAACAUUAGAAUUUUAGGGCAUCUAAUGUUGAAUAAAACUGGAACUGAUGUUGAAAAACGAGAAAAAAACGGUGCAAUGUUAUUUUUUCCAAUUUUUGAUAUAGCCGAAUAACCCCGUCGGAAAAUCAGAACGUUAGUGCUAAAAACGGCGCUACAACGUCAUAGAACUUGAACGAAGAGGAACUGUUACGAAAUGGAGCUCUGUUUUCCUGAUUUUUUGUUAAUAGAUUACUUUUUCGUAACACCUUUUUUUCGUUCUAGCUCUACCACAUUGUUGCGCCGUUUUUAGCACUAACGUGCAGAUUUUCCAACGGGGUUACCGUGAUUUUUUCCGUUUUUUCAACACUGCUGAACAAGCUCAUUUCGUUUACGUUUGUUUUUACUUUACUAACGAACACUCGAGAUAUUUUGAGUGUUUUCUGAUCAAUGACUUGCUAAACUCCGCCCCUCAAACGCCCUCUCUUUUCCAAACAAUGUUUGAUUUUUGAAGUGUUCUCUGGUGCUUCUUUGUUUGACUACAAAAUAGGGCCUUUUUCUCGAUGCAUAAAUUUUUGUUCCCGACUUUUUGCGGGAAAAUUUCGAUGCUUUCUCAAUGCCUUUUUCUUGAGCUUUAUUGGUUUUGUUUUCGGGCAUUUCUUUUUGUGCAUCUUUAAAAAGCUCUAAAAUUGCCGGUUUGAAAAAUGAGACAAAGCCAAAGAUUCAAAGGUCGAAUGUGUGUCAAUUGUUGUACAAUUGUUUUUCUCGAUAAUAUUUUCUCGCAAUUUUCAGGCGGCACUUCGGCGCUCCUCCGUCAUCUAAAAACGAUACAUCCGGCGGCGAUUAAUUUCGAUCCAGAUAAUCCGCCGCCAGUGGUGCGGCGGAAUAAGCGCAAAAAGUUGGAAGGUAGUUCGAUUGAGCGCACUUGCAACUGGCCAUUCAAAAAAGUGAAAAUAAUAGAAAAUAAUACACGAAAACCACGAUUCGGCCCUUGAUCCGCGUCCGUGGCCAGACAAAAUGCUGGAAUGUCUCAUUGUCACUUUUUCAGAUUACACAAUAGUCACCGAGGACACGAAAUCCUACAUGGACAACCUUCUCGAGCAAUUUUUGCACGAUGAAAAUGGUAAUUUUGAGAGAAAAUCGAAAAGAAAAAGUCCACAUUGUCUUGUUUUCAGUGCCACGUGCCGAUCCGCAACCGUGCUCGUCGGCUCAAGUGCACGUUCCGUCGCAAUCGCGUGCCGAUUCGGAAAUCGAUGAGGUGAUUCGAAGUUUGCAAAAGGUUAGACGAGUGUGCACAUUUUUCGGAGAUUCUCAACGGUUUUUUAUAGUGCUUGUAGUGAAAAUUGCAUUUUUGUAGUUAAAAAUUGAUUUCCCAUGUUUUUCGAUGAUAUUGACGUUUUUCGUUUCAGGAAACUGCGCAAAACGGCGGAGAAGAGCGGGAACAGGACACGGACCUCCGGAGGCUGCUCGGAAUCGACGAUGAGCCGCCGGUUAAAGAGGAGGUCAUCGCCGGAACGUCUUCGGCUCUCGAAGAACCGCCCACGCAAAGAGAAACGUCGAUUAUUCUGCAAACGGCGUCCACGACGACGACGACGACGACGAUUGGAGGUGUUGGAGGAGGACACGCGGCGGAUGAAGAUGUGAGAAAUGAGAAAAUCGUUUAGUUUUCCAAUUUUCCCAGAAUUUACUGAACAUUUGUUUCAAGUGUUCAAGAAACCAUGAAAUUUGCAACAUUUCAGAAACAAGUCUCAUCGAGCUCUGGACAAAGUGCGAAAAAGCGCAAAGCGGAGGAUCCGAAGGAUUUUAGCGGUGCGGCUAACGUUCCAGACAAUUACAAACAUGGAAAAUGUGAGUAUUUUAUUCAAAUAUGCCAUGUUUGGGCCCACUCUCUGCAAAUCGAGUAUUUUCGGCACAAAACACGAAAAUCGAUUCAACUCUUUAUUUCUCAUUGAAAUGUUCUCGUUUUAGAGCCGAAAAAGUGCGCAAUCAUUACUCUCACACAUUUAUGCGAUCACAUCACUAAAAUUGUGCAGAAAACGGCGAACGUUUGUGAACACGGUUUGAAUUUCUCGCCCUUACUUUGUCGCUGCGCAGCGACUCAUUCGCGUGCUAAAGGGAUACUGUUUGCGAUACGGAGCGAUAAAAACAGGUCCGAGCAGCAUAUUCACAAAUGUUCGCCAUGCAGAAUUUGGGUCAUUUUCGAUCAGCAAAAGCGUGCUUUUUCUCUAGAAAUUCUACAAUUCUUCACGUUUGCAGUCUCCCUGUCGCUGAUGAGUUCGAUGCGUCGCCCGACGCCGCAUCCAAUCGGUCAGCAACCGGUGAUCGCCGUGUCUGCCCAUCUUCCGCCACCACCGCCGGCUACGCUCGUGGCCCCGCCCACUUCAUCCACGAUCGCCGGACCUUCCACGUCUGCGGGCCCGGCGUCUGCGCCGACGAUUCCGGCCAAAUUCAGCUCGGCGGCCGUCGCGUGUCUCGAUUUUGAGGCCAAAGUGCUCUACAAUCAAUCGAUGCACUCUACUAUUGCCAGGGUAUAUUUUUGAAGAUUUUUUACUAUCGGGGCAUUUGAAUGUGAAUGCGCUCUGUUGAAAUUGUGGUCCCCAGGCCGGCGCCAAUUAAAAAUAGAGAAAGUUCUUCCAGAAUUCGGAUAAAAAACAACUGAAUCACAAAAAGAAGGGUAUCUCAGCAGAGCAUAUUCACAUUAAAAUGCCCCGAUAGUUAUUUAGAAGAAGUCAUAAGAAGUGAAAAAUGAAAGCCUCUGGUUGUUUGUGGCAAAAAUUAACUUUCAGGAGGACGCAAUGGCAGCAUACUACCGCAUGAAAUCGCGCAAGCUCGAAUUGGAAAUCAAAAAAUUGGAGCGAGAAUUGGGCGAAGGAUCGCGUGCCACGUCGCCAGAUGAGCAUGACGAAUAA